GGGUUGCAGCUGACAUGUUCUAGCAUUCAUGACCACGGUCUCACUCGGGAGCAGGUGAACACGGUCUGCGAGCAGAUCGACCUGACUCGCGCGCGUGUUGCGGCGGACCCGCUGCGCUACAUGGCGACCGUUCAGGGCGACCUGAACUUCGGCCCUGACAAGGCGCGCGAACUCUGCGAGCUGUCGGGCAGGUUCUUCUGCUCGGUUCCUGGCUGGAUGAUAUGCCGGGUGCAUAUGGAAUGCAUGACCACUGGUGAACUUGAGGGGUUGUCCCGCGAGUUCAUCUCAGACCGCGCGGCCUUGGUCGCCACCGCCCGACAGCGCGCGGGGAAGCCGCGGGGUGAACGCCCCGCCCCCGGGCACAUCUUCGCGGGCCCGCUCUUCAAGAAGCGGGCCAAAGGGAUGGUGAAAGAUGGCAGAGGAGCAGUGGCCACGCUUGCGGGGUCCAUAUACCAGGGGCGCAUCAAAGAGACGCUCAAAGAAGCGGCUCGUGAG